AUGGGAGCCGCACCCUCGCCACCUGUUCAGGCCCCGGCCAUUCCCCCAUCUGAGGGAGAACCUCCUUCUCAGCGUCGAUACCCCACCAGGAGGCCACCCACGGACCCUGUGCCACCCGCCGACCGAGACCAGAGACCUGCUCCUCGACCCCCGGCCAAGAGAACCAAGUUCUCGGGUCCUGGAGAGCCAUCCCACGCACCUCAGCCAGAGCCAGCUACAGAGGAACCUCGGAUUCCAGUGGACAUGCCUCCCGAGGCCAUUAUCAGGCGUCCCAUGAUAGCUGGACCGCCGAUAGAGGAUAUGGUCAGUGGCCCCGGAAUCUAUCCACCAGGAUUUGGUGGAAUCCACCACUAA